UCUGCCCUACAUUCGGAAGAGACCGGGGACACCACAAUGGACCAGAGGACUUUAGGGGAUGAACAGAUGAAUAGACUUUGUUGCUGUUGACUGGAAACAGCAAGAAAAUGCUGCCUUGGAAGAAGAAUAAGUUCGACCUGAUAGAGGAAGACAAGCAGUCCAAGCAGAAGGGCUAUGCGGUGAGCCUCAACUACUCUGCGCUCACCUCCUUCGCCAAGUCCUGCCCAGAGAGCGCACUCAACAGGGUGGGCAGCAUGUUCAAGUCCAAGAGGAAAAAGGUGAAGAUCACCAGCGAGGACCCCACAUACACGGUGCUCUACCUGGGAAAUGCCACCACCAUCCAGUCCAAAGGGGACGGCUGCACGGACGUGGCGGUGAGCAAGAUCUGGGGCAAAAGCGAAAUGGGCAAGAACGGCACCAAGAUGAGGCUGACCAUCAGCUCGCAGGGCAUCCGGAUGGUCCAUGUGGACGACAAGGCCAGGAGGCCGGGACACUUGUACCUGCUGCACCGGAUAACCUACUGCGUCGCGGACCCGAGGCUACCCAAGAUUUUCGCCUGGAUUUACAGGCACGAAAUGAAGCACAAGGCCGUGAUGCUGCGCUGUCACGCAGUGCUGGUGUCCAAGCCGGAGAAGGCAAAGGCCAUGGCGCUGCUGCUGUACCAGACCUCGGCCACGGCCUUGGCUGAGUUCAAAAGACUGAAGCGGAGGGACGAUGCCAGGCACCAGCAGCAGCAGCUCAUAGGGGAACAAACCAUACCGUUGGUCCCCCUCAGGAAGCUUCUGAACGGACAGUGUUACUACAAACCCCCGGUGGAGCGCAGCCGGAGCGCGCCCAAGCUGGGCUCAAUCACAGAGGACUUGGUCGGGGAGGAGGAGGAGGAGAAAGCGAUGCACUUUGAGUGUGAGGACAUUUUGGACACGGACGAUGAUUGUGUUGCCAACGGUAAACCGGAGUUGACUCAGAUUAUUAAUGACUUGGGAGAGAUGAGCAUAGGAAACGACGUGCAGACACUGAAAGCUGAUCUCAGGGUCACCAGACUCCUCUCAGGGGAGAGCACGGGGAGUGAGUCCUCCAUAGAGAGCAACCAGGACCCCCCUCCGCUCACUAAUGGCUUUGAGGAGGUAAAGGUGCAGGAAAUUGCCUGAAUAAUUUUAGGUAUUUCUGGGCACCUCUGACGCAUUGUUUUGUUGUCUCCACAAGAAACAUUUCCUCUGUCGUCAACCUUGUUGUUGGAGAUUGUUUGUCUAACCUGUGCCUCCACGACUGAUUGAGAUGAUCCAGAGUGGAUCCUCUGAAGUUCUGGGACGGUUGCCGCACAUGAACGCAAAAUUAGGCUCCUGAAUGAUAUUUUACGAUCGCAUAAACACAGAAAGCGCAUAGGAAAAACAAGUGCAUGCCCAUUUGAUAGGCGACUGGUUGAACCGACGAAAUCCCAGUGCGCCUUAGGACGCACGGCAUUAAUUCCAUCUCUUUUAUUUAAGAGGAUUUUGUUGUAGCCUCUGGCUUGUUUACCUUAAGUUUCUGUCCUCUCUCGAAAGUGGCAUUUUUCUGUUGAAAAUCAAGAUCCAAAAAAAGCAUUGCGUUUUUAAAGCACGUUAUUUUCCCCUGUAAGUGGUUCAGUCGGUGUAAACAGGCACCCUUAAUUUUCCUGUCAGGGCGCUUUUGUAACAGCCUGUUCAUUUAUUUUAUUUUGCACUGUUGUACUCAAGUAUUAUGUUGACUACAUGUACAUAAUGUUUGUCGGUAUGUUGUCUGAAACAUAAAUGUCAUAUCUUUGCUGUGCAAAAGAAAAAAAAACACUGUUAUGUAUUAAGAUGUAAAGUAAGAUGUUUUAAGUAUAAAUCUGGUAUUUUUUAAAGAAUAAAAAAUGUGGUUUGUUAUGUGAACCUCAUAGAAUUAUCAAUAAAAAAAGAAAAUGAU